AUGGCUGUAAAGCAGGAAUGUCCGACUUGUCGGAAAACGGCCAAUGAAGACCAUAUACGUCCCAAUUAUGUGAUGGAGGAAGCUAUUUCUGCCUGGAAUGAGUCUCGGCCCUAUAUCCUCGGGUUGAUUAAACGCGAGGAAGAGCGAAAAGCAGCAAGACAGAACGCGAAGAACGAGGAACAAACGCGAAAGCGUAAACGUCGUGGCUCUGACUCGAGCGACGUCCAGCUUGUGGAGGAUCAUCAUUCGCAGAACCGCAAUGGUGCUGGGCCUUCAUCCCCACGAACACCGAAACCUAUUCGAGGGAAGGGGUCACCGAGGAGGGCGAGUGUGGACUUGACGAUUCCUAGUUCUGAUGUGGAGGAGGAUGAGUUGACUGCUACUGACCUUAAUCCGAAGCCGGAUGAUAUCAUAACUUGCCCGCUAUGCAAUGGGAAGGUCAAGUACGGUGUGUUGAAUACACACAUGGACCGCGGGUGUAAAGACCCUCCGGUGAAACCACCAAGCAAAGCAGCGGCCGCGCAGUGGUCGAUGCUGAUGGGUAACGCUGCGAACAAGCAGAAGGGCAAACAACGGAAACAUAGCGACGAUUCCGACGAGGAUUUUCCAUUACCCAAGGCGUCGUAUGCCACUCUGAAAGAGAAACAAAUCAAGGAGAUGCUUAGUGAACACGGGCUACCUACACAUGGCGACCGUUCGACGCUAGAGCAGCGUCACCAACGAUGGGUCAUUAUCUACAACUCUAACUUGGAUCGAUCGCAAGCGAAUAGGAAAUCGAAACAGAUGCUUCGUCAAGAAUUGAAAAAAUGGGAAGACGCGGUAUCAAGACGGAAAAAGCCUUCUGUAGACGCCAAGCAGCAUGCGAAAACGCAUAAGUCCGAAUUUGCGAGGUUGGCUGCCAUUGCAAGGGAGAGCAGCAAAAGAGCGAAGACGAUACCGAGUAGCGUCUCUCCACAGCCGAUGUCUCCUGGUAUGGAUGUCGAUGACAGUCUUCGGACACCUUCCCCUUCGCCAGAAGAUUCGAAGAAAGAUACGAUUGUGAUCGAUUAG